AUGGCGAAUGGUCUCUUUGCCGUUCCAAAGCCCAUGCUGCGGGAAGUCGGAUCUGGCUGGAAGGCUUGUGAUCCCAAUGUACCUCAAUGGAGUGGAUACUUUGAUAUUCCCGGUAAGGAUGGAGAUAAACAUUACUUUUACUGGGCAUUUGGACCACGAAAUAAAAAUCCCAAUGCUCCUGUAUUAUUAUGGAUGACUGGUGGACCAGGAUGCAGUUCAAUGUUGGCAUUACUUGUGGAGAAUGGACCAUGUUUGAUGAAUGAGACAACAGGAGAAAUUUACAAUAACACAUAUGGAUGGAAUAAUGAUGCAUAUGUAAUUUAUAUUGAUCAACCAGCAGGUGUUGGAUUUUCAUACGCCAAUCAAAGUGAUUACGAUAAGAAUGAAAAGGAAGUAGCAGAUGAUAUGUAUAAUUUCUUACAGGCCUUCUUUAAUCAACAUAAAAAUUUACAGAAUAAUGAUUUCUUUGUUGUUGGUGAAAGCUAUGGUGGACAUUAUGCUCCUGCAACUGCCUACCGUAUUAAUGAAGGUAAUAAAAAACGUGAAGGAAUGCCUAUUCAUCUUGCUGGUCUUGCAGUUGGUAAUGGUCUCACAGAUCCAUACACACAAUAUGCCGCAUAUCCAUCUGUUGCGUGGGAUUGGUGUAAAGAGAAACUUGGUAAACCAUGUGUUUCAGAAUCCAGUUAUAAACUUAUGCAAUCUAUGGUCCCUACAUGUCAAAAGUUUAUUGAAGUUUGCAACGCUGGUGAUACUGUUGUGGAAGAAGCCGCAUGCAUUGCUGGACGUUUUACCUGCAAUCCCAUUGUUGGUCUCUACAGUACUACUGGUCUAAAUAAUUAUGAUAUACGCAAAAACUGUGAAGGACCACUUUGCUACAACUUUGAAGCUGCCAAUCGGUUUAUGAACCGAAAAGAUGUCCAACAAUCCCUUGGCUCGGAUAUUCAAGAAUGGCAAUCAUGUAAUAUGAACGUAAACCAAAUGUUUGCAAUUGAUUGGUUUAAAAACUUCAAUUACACUAUUCCUGCCCUUUUGAAUGAUGGGGUCCGUGUGAUGAUUUACGCAGGGGAUAUGGACUUUAUCUGCAAUUGGGUGGGAAAUAAGAACUGGACGAUGGCACUGCAGUGGAGUGGGGCGGAGGAAUUCCGAAAAGCCGCCGACUCGCCCUUCCACCGACAAGAUGGCGUCAUCGCAGGAUUAAUUCGCCGGGUUUCCACAGAGGCCUCACCGCUGCAUUUCAGUUUUGUGCAGGUAUAUAAUGCGGGGCAUAUGGUGCCAAUGGAUCAGCCAGCUGCGUCCCUGGUAAUGAUUAACAAGUUUAUGCAGAACAAACAGCUGGAUUGA